AUGAAGCCCGUCGUCAGCGCCUUCAACGCGUGGACAUGCACCGUCCUCUCCGUCUUCGCCAUGAUUAUUCUUAGCGCCCUUGCUGGACUUUACCGAAGCGGACACGAGGAAUUUACCACCGGCGACCCUGAUGAGAACAAGUCUAUCUCUAACACCAUCUUUACUGCCGUCAUUGUCUACGCUGCUUUCUUCGUGUUCUGCGGUCUCCAGGGACUCCUCCACGCCCGAGAAAGCCGCCGAGGCGCGAUCGCUCUGUAA